CUCUCUCACAAACUAACAACAACUCUCUCUCUAAACCAGUAAUCAUUUUUUUCUCGUAACACGAAGCAAAUCAAUCAAAGCCAUAAAAACGACAAAAAAAGGCAUCAAAAGCCAAAAAUUCUAGGGUUUCAAAUUCCCUCUCGAGUUCUCCCUCCACUUUUAUAAAUCCCCUUCCCUCGUUUUUCCUCAAUCUCGAUUUUGUUUUACUUCCCCUUCAGGUAGCACCGGCAAAUCAAUUUUCAGCUGCGUGUUCAUCCUCUCGAAGCAAGGAAGUCUGUUGGGGACAAUAUAUUGAUCUGAAUGAAUCGAGUUUUUACCCGGGCUGAGGAAAAGGGGGGAGAUUUACAUAUAUUCUGGGGGAAAUUUAUUAAAAUACAUUGAGGAAGGUCUUAGGAUUUUUUUGGUUGAAAAUUCUUUAAUUUCUUGCGGAAAAAUUGAUUAUUGGGGUGCGAAACUUAAUUGAGGUGUUUGAGAUUUGAUUGGAGUUCUUUGGCUAUGAAGUCUGAGAAUUCGUCCCCAUCAACCAGUCUGGUCAAAUGUAGCGAUUGCUGCUGUAGCUGUUCAAUAAUGAACAGGUCGUUUUCAGGGACCUAUCUCCGUUCUGUAAAGCGUAAAUAUGAUGAGUUAGAAGAAAGGCAGUUCACAAUCCCAGGACUGGUUUUACAACAAAAUGCCCGUGUGGAUAUGGGAAACGAAUGUGCAGCAUUGCGCGAAAUGGUCAGCAGCCAACAGCAGACCAUUCAGGAUCUCAUUUUGGAGUUGGAGGAGGAGAGGAAUGCAUCCUCCUCGGCUGCCAAUGAGGCCAUGUCAAUGAUACUGCGGUUGCAGAGAGAGAAAGCAGAGGUUCAGAUGGAGGCAAGGCAGUUUAAGAGAUUUGUGGAGGAGAAAAUGGCACAUGAUCAGCAGGAGAUGUUUGCAUUGGAAGAUUUGUUGUAUAAGAGGGAGCAGACCAUUCAGUCUCUAACCUGUGAGGUGCAGGCCUAUAAACAUAGGAUGAUGAGUUAUGGACUCACAGAGGCUGAGGCUGAAGGAGAGAAGGUUAUGAGCCUAAACACUAGCAUGACUGAAAACAUCGAGGGACAAUCUGAACUCCCUCCUUACGAGAUAUAUCCUCCUCUCAAGUGCAAUUUGAAUGAACUCCAGACAUAUCCAGAUGGCGAAGAUGAACCUACUGACAUAGAGAAAUAUGCAUUUGGUGAAACUCCACAGUCGAGGGAACACUUGACGGAUUUGGAGGACCGGAUAAAUCAAUUGGAGAAAACUCCUAGGGCCAUUCAGCCUGAAGGGGAAUUUAAAAAUGCAUUUGAAAAGGUGAUAGUUGGUCAAUCUCCGAGACGGCCUUGGCAUCUUAGGAAGUUCUCAAUUGAUAGCUCAAAUUCGUUUUUAAUGAUGGGUAAAGAAACAGGGGCAGAAUUUUCCACUGAUUCUCCAAAGUUUUGCAGCAGUUUUAAGAAGACAGUAUGUACCCAGAUGGAAGAGAACUCUAAUUUGAGGAAGGUGGAUAAUGCAUCAGAAGUUGGAGAUGAUGUGAGCGACAGGGUUUACACAAUCGAUUCUAUUCAUCAGGGAGCUUCGUAUAAUGGUGUCAAUGAGCCCAGGUCUUCUACUGGAAUAGGUGACGACUAUCUGACCACCCCGAGAGAGUCACUAAAUCAUUCUGACGUUAGAGAUCUGGAGGUCCAGAAGCUAUACGCAAGGCUUCAUGCCCUAGAAGCUGACAGAGAAUCAAUGAGGCAGGCAAUUAUUUCUGUUAGAACUGAUAAAGCACAGAUGGUGUUGUUGAAGGAGAUUGCUCAGAAUUUGUGUAAAGAAAUGUCACCAGUAAGACGGAUGCCUGAGCGGAAGCCAUCAGUAAUCUGGAGUUUUUGUUCAAUAUUCACGUGGGUUGCAUCUUUUGUUUUAUGGAAAAGAAAAGCUCGCAAAUGCAGGUAUAUGUUCGGAUUAUCAGCUAACAAUGCUGGCUUACUAAUGCUCUUAGACCGGGGACCUCGUGUGGGGCGGUUGAGACUUCUAUCGAAUGCACAUCUAUGAAAAUAUCUUGUUCAUCUGUGGAGCCUAUUUGUUUGAGCACUGAGUGGAUUAUACUAACACUAUCUUUGGAUAUACAUUUUUUUCUCCGGAUUCCUUGUUGCUGUGGGAUUUAUUAGUUGGUUGUUUUGUGCAGUGUCCUUUUACUCCAAUUUGUCCAUAUAGGUCGCAUUUGUUGGUUGAACAGAAAAAUAUAUGAAUGCCGUGUAUCCUUCUGGGCAUUCAUGCUCAUUUGGCUUGUCAUAAUAUAGCUCAAGGUCCUCAACUUCAGUUAGGGUUGCUAUGUACAUAAUAAAGUACGUGGUUUCUCAAUCAAAAUACCUGUGCUUAUUCUUUUAUUGCCUAGGUAUUUUCAGUUUCAUGUUGUACAGGCAAUUGUUGAAACACUAAGCUAUCUUUUUUUCUAUACUAUUUGCUUUUUUUGGUUGAAUUUU